AUGAAGUUCACAACUGCCACUCUCACCAUUGCCGCCCUUGCGGCCAGCGCCUCUGCAUUUCCCGUGGCGCAUAAUGGCACUACCAUUGCGCACAAUAAGGCCGCCAACCACACGGUCACUAAGACCGUCCGACUCGAAGCAGGUAGCCCCAAGCCAGUUACAACUCCCUCGGCCUCAAACGAUGAGUUGCUCAAAUUCCUCAUCGAAAAACUUGAAUCGGGAAACGCUGGUCCUAUCCAAAAGCGCAAGCUGGAUGCUAUUGAGAUCAACGCCAAGAAGCUUGACGCCCGUCAGACCGAGGAUCUCCUGGGACUCCUUGGCGGUUCUACCGACAUGACUGGAGGUGGCCUCGAUAGUCUGUUGGGUGGCCUCGAUAGUCUGUUGGGUGGCCUCGUUAGUCUGUUGGGUGGCCUUGAUGGUGCAGGUGGUGGCGGCGCGGAUCCCCUGGGUGGCCUCGAAGACUUAACGGGCGGCGCCUCUGAUCUUGGCUCCGGUGCCACUGGCGGUCUGGAAGGCCUUGAUAGUUCUCUUGGAGGGCUGACCGGAAACCCUGGAGGAGAAGGCGGCGACCUUGGGGGCCUCACUGGUGGCCUUGAAGGUCUAGGGGGAGAUUCUACAGGAGCCCCCAAAGAAGACGGUGGAAACCAACUAGUACCAGGCCAAGACGGCAAGCAAGACAACGGUAAAGGUCCGGACCUGGGAUCCAUCACCGACUCCCUCCCCAAGCUGUCGGACAAAGACAAGGGAAAGACUGGCAAUGUCAAUGGCACUCUUUCAUCUCUGCAGAGUCACAAGGGCAAACAGGAGGAUGGAGAGGGUCAGAAGGGAAAGACCAAGGAUGAAAAGGAUCCCAAGGGCAAGACCGACGAUGGAAAGGGUUGCGUGUAUUUUCCUGCCACAAUGGUAACUGGGGCAAUGGACGAGGCCUCAUCCACCAGAACGGCAUUCUCGGAUUUCUGA